AUGAUUGACUACACUUCAGAGUUGAUCUUAUAUCAAAAGACAGGAAAAAGUUUUACACCUGGACCUUAUAAAGCUUGGACAUUAGAAGAACAUAAAAAGUUUCAUGAAGCAAUUAAAAAAUUUGAAGUUACAGAUCAUCAUUCCAUAUCCACAUACAUUGGAUCAAGAAACAACGAACAAGUAGAUUCACAUCUUCGUAUCUAUCGAAACUAUUGCAACAAACAGUAUCCAUCGGCCACGGCGAUACCAACAACUAUCAGCGCCGUCCCUAUUAUAACACUACCAUCGGCGGCCAGUACUACGACUACUAUAGUAGUUUCAACUCCAUCGACUACACCAGUCCCAUCAACUCCAUCUACACCAACUACAGUAACUUCACCACUCAUCACACCAGUAUCGCCACUAACAAACACUAGCAAUACUUUUCUAUCAAACAUCACCAACAACCUUUUCAAAAAUCUUAUUGAUCAACUUGACAAGGAACCAAAUAUCAAUCAAAACAUGGCAAGAGGAAAAGCAUCAACUUCUGCAACUGCAACCGCUGGAACUGCUGGAGCAAACAAGAUUAGUCUACAUCUUGCUUCACAUGCCAUUCCAGUUUCAAUGGUACCUCCUCAAAUAAAUGCUACUGCAUCAAAUAACAAAACCUCUACGGCCACGUCAACAACGACGACGACGACUACAAAUUCUGGAAGAAAAAACAAGAACUCAUUAAAUACCAAUCUAGUUAAUGACUCUAAACUAAAAAAGAAUCAAAAACUUCUAAGUGAACCAUGGACUGACGAUGAUCAAAAGAAACUAUCGGAUGCACUUGCCAAAUAUCCAUCCUCUCGUUAUAGUAGUGUAUCAAGAUGGCAAGUAAUCUCUAAAGAAUUGGGUAUCUCUCCAAAAACUGUUGCUCUUAGAUAUAAUCAAAUGUUAAUUAAUUUAUAUCCAAAACAAGAAGAAAGUGAAAAUGAUGAAGAAGAUGAAGAUACACCACCACCACCAUCAACAGGAAAGAGAAAGUCAUCUGCUAAAAAGGCAGCAACAACAAGAUCAACUAAAAGAGGAAAAAAAGGACAAGAAGAUACACAAUCAUCAUCAGAUCUAGAUCUAAACUCCUCCAGUGAUGGUGGAUUACCUCCACCUCCAAUGGUAUUUUCACCUCUUCCUCCAUCUACACCUUUAUUGGAACAACCAAAAAGAGAACCAACUAUUCACCAUCUCAACUUUGACCCAAUCAAAGCAGACUCGUUAUUACAACGAAAUACACAUCUUAUCGAUCAGAUUAGAAAUGAUAUCAUUUAUACUGGUUCAACUAAAAUCGAUUUAUUGAAUCAAUAUAAAAAUAAUAUAAAUGAAGCUCUUAAAUGUACAAUGAUUUGGUCUGACAAUAGUCAAGAAAUGCCUCCUCUUCCUGUUAAAAUUAAUGAUAUGAUCAUUGGUUUAAUGGGAAUGAAAUCAAAUUUAAAUAAUCAAAAUAAUAAUAAUAAUGAUCAAAAUAAUCAAAAUAAUCAAAAUAAUAAUAAUAAUAAUCAUUCUUUGGAUGGUAGUGGUAAUAAUAAUUUUUCAUCUUUAUCAACUUCAUCAUCAAGUGGAAAAUGGAGUGAUCUACCAAAAGUAGCCAAUGAAUGGUUCUUACCAUUGGAAGAAGAUUCGACGACUUUAUAA